ACCGUUUAAAUUAAAUGGUCACUAUUUUGACACCAAAAUACGAGCGUCUCAUUUUGUCACUGUUUUCCCCAGACUUAAUUUUUCUUGACAGAUGUUUCUUAUGCGUUUUCCCGUGUCAUUAAAUAUAACAAGGUUAUAUUGUGUGGGUGUAAAGAAAUUGAGGUUAGAUUGUGCCUAAAAUAAAAAAUAUUAAUUAUAUUUAGACUAUGAAUUGGCUUCUAUGUGAAUGAAAAUUAGGACGAAAUGGCAUUACUUGGCGCACAACUAGUUAUUACACUUAUUAUGGUGUCGAUCAUACAGAAAUUGGGAAAUUAUUCAUUUGCGAGAUGGUUACUGUGUUCGCAAGGAUUAUAUCGGUAUUUGUAUCCUGAUAAUACUGAAUUGAAGGCGCUGGCUGGUGUCCCAAAGGACAAAAUUAAGGGUAAAAAAGGCGGUAAAGUUGAAAGUAAUGGAAAGCCGGAGACGUUCCACAUUCCUCGCAGCCUCGACAUCCAGUUGGAAACGGCGCCGGUAACGCCGCUCGACGUGGUGCAUUUGAGGUUCUACACAGAGUACCUAUGGAUUGUGGACUUCUCUCUGUAUUCAGCUAUAGUUUAUAUCAUGUCUGAGGUGUACACAUCAAUAUUCCCCCUGAAAGAUGAGUUUAACCUGAGCAUGGUGUGGUGUCUACUUGUGGUGCUGUUCUCAAUAAAGAUCCUUCUGUCCCUCACGAAGCAGUACUUCACAAGUGAAGAGUCGAUGGGCGAGAGGUCCACGUGUAUAGUGGCGUUCUGUGUGUUCCUGCUUCUUGCAAUGAUGGUGCUGAUCGUGGAUGAGAGGAACCUUGAAGUCGGCGUUGAUCCGGCUUAUGACAGCUUCUAUGAUAAUGCUUCGAAGUUCCUUGAAAAUCAGGGGUUGACUUCUGUUGGUCCAGCGUCGAAGCUGAUAUUGAAAUUAUCGUUUGCGGUGUGGGCGGCUGUUAUCGGAACGUUGUUCACGUUUCCCGGACUCAGGGUGGCGAGAAUGCACUGGGACUCCCUUAGAUACUAUGGUGACGACAAAGUGAAAUCUUUGCUGUUGAAUUUGAACUUCGCGAUGCCGUUCGUACUGGUGCUGCUGUGGGUCCGGCCCAUCACUCGGCACUACCUCACCGUGAGGGUGUUCAGCGGCAUGGACAAGCCUCUCAUGACAUCCCAAGCGUACGACACACUUCGCCUGGUGAUGGUGGUGGUGACGGCGGCGGUGCGGCUGCUGGUGAUGCCGCGCCAGCUGCAGGCCUACCUCGACAUGGCGCAGCGCCGCCUCGACGUGCAGAAGAAGGAGGCGGGACGGAUCACCAACAUCGAGCUGCAGAAGAAGAUAGCGUCAGUGUUCUACUAUCUAUGCGUGGUGGCGCUGCAAUACAUAUGUCCGGUGGUGAUGGUGCUGUACCUGACGCUGAUGUACAAGACCCUGGGCGGGUACACGUGGACGGGGCUGUUCUACGAGACUCCUGAGAUGUGCAGCGCCGAGGCACGACCCUUAGAGCCUGUCGAGGGAGUGGAGCAGUACCAGCUCGCGUGGGAGAAUUUGAAAAUGGUGUUCACAGCGGAGGUGUACCGCGGCGUGUUCGGGUUCGCGACGUGGUGGUGUUGCUGCGCGUGGUUCAUCACCACCUCACUGGGGAUGGCGUACCAGACGUACUUCAGGAUCUCGUGAUCUGAGCACUGUACAAACAAAGCCGCGUCUCACCUCCCAGUACCGCGCAACUGUAAACUAAAGUGUGGGUUACUGGUAACUGUAAGUUGCGGAGGUAGUUAAUGUAGACGUGGCUUUACAAUAGCACCGUUGUGACUUUUGAAUAUUUUGUGGCUUUUAUAAUAUAAUCUUAUCCCAUUUAGGGAUAAUCAUAAACUUUGGUCAUUUACUUUAGAUUUUUUUAAUAUUAUGGGUCAGCUGGUUUCUACAUUUCCCAUAAUAAUAAGUGCAGUGCACUCCCAGAGUACUGGGAAAUAAGAUAAUGCGUCAUUCAACAGUCGCUAGAAUUAUGCCGGCUUACUUCGGGACUUAUAUUGGCUGACUCACGAUCGCUACUUGUCUAAAUGAUUCACUAUGACUAAUUUGCACUAAGUGUACAUUAUUAAUUAUUCAAGUACAAUAUAUGUGCUAUCUCUUAGUAAUAUUAAGUUUAUAGUGACAAAAUGUUUAAUAGUUAUGACGGUGCCAUUGAGUUUAUAUUUUAAGAUAUAAUGUUGAUUUGUACUACAUUAUUAUAUCAGUAAAGGAUAGAACUUACUCCUAUGUAUCAAAUGUUUUAAAACGUACUUAACCUGCAGCCCAGACUUUGCAAGUGGUCCACUAGAUGUUACGAAAAAUACUAGAAUUAAAGAAAAAAUAGCUUUAAUAUUUCACUAAAACUGAAGAUUAUUUCAAGAUCGCUUUGACAACAGCAAUAAAUAGUGAAAUUAUAAUGCCAUAACUAAUAUAUCUGUGAGGCUUGUAUAAAAAGGUUGAAUACAAUUUUUAAACAUUUUGUACUUUACUGAAAAACUAUUGUAGUAUGAAUCAGACUUUAGUUUUUCUAGUCAAUAAUGCUUUCCUAAGAAACCCAAAAUGUUCAUUGCACAUUCGGUAUGAGAUGACUGACUGCAGAUUAUUUUAAAGACAAGAAAUUUCUUUCUGCAGAUUUCAUUUAAAUUGGUUGAGCCUUAUAUUAAAUACUCGUAUUGAUCUGAUGUGUGUUCUAAAGACAAAUAAUUUUUAAAAACAAAUAUCCCGGAAUAAAGCAUAGAAUUUAAUAGUGAAUGCGAUGAAAAUAUUGUAAAAGUAUUUUGAAAAUAUUAUCGUUAAACCCGGCCGCACAUUGUAAGAAAGUAUCUGAUUCAGAAUUUGUUUGCAUGAGAUUCUAUGGAAAAUUUCCACAUUGACAGUAAAAAAGUAGUAAAUAAUUAUAAAAAUCUAAUCCGCAAAAACCUGUGUAAUAAAAUGGUCUUGAGAUAAAGAAUUAUUAUAAGUGUCCUAAUAAACAAAUAUUAUUAUAAGUUGUAGUAAUUCAAAGUGUGUACGUGAGCGCCUUUGAAUGUUCAAUUUUUUCUUAUGAUGUGUAGCCAUAAGAAUUGUGUUAUAGACUUCCACGUCCAUAUGGAGGUUGUUGGUUGUAUUAAUUUAUUUAUGGGACUGUUGAAUAAAUAUUUUCACUUUUAA